UGUUAACUAUGAAUUCAAUAACAGAUUACAGAUAAUAAUAAUAAAGGCUAAAACUCUCUUUACUGUUUUUACAAGUCAAGAGAAUUUAAAACCAGUUGUUGUGAUGGAUAGGAAGAAUAUUGAAGUGAAAGCAAAACAAACAAGGCUAUAUGCUAACUGACAUAAACAUAAGAUAAAAGUAGGAGUAAGUCUUGAAGAAACUAAUGUGUUUGAUUUUCAGAAAGAGAGGCAAAAUGCAGAAAAUGAAGAACCUUGGAAGUAUUGGAAGCAGUGGGAGGUUUUCAACAGAAGAGGGUGAAGAUGAGGAUAUUUCAAAACUGGCCAUUUCCACAUUUCAAGCUAAGGAAGAAGAGAUUGAGAGGAGAAAGAUGGAGGUGAAAGAGAGAGUUGAACUUCAACUUGGACGCGCCGAGGAAGAGACGAGGCGCUUGGCAUGCAUUUGGGAAGAGCUUGAAGUGAUGGAAGAUCCUAUGAAGAAGGAAGUUGCAAUGAUACGGAAAAGGAUCGAUUUGGCUAACAAAGAUUUAAAGCAACUUGGACAGAACUACCAGAAAAAGGAGAAAGAGUAUAAAGAAACCUUGGAAGCUUUCAAUGAAAAGAACAAAGAGAAGACUAAUUUGGUAGCAACAUUAACUGAGCUGCUGAGUGAGAGUGAAAAAAUGAGAUUGAAGAAACUGGAGGAGCUAUGCAAGACCAUAGAGACUGUGUCACUAAAACAAUAAUCUUUGACAGUGUGUGCUGUGUUUACUAGUUUGGCUUAUUCAAUAUGCAAUGGCUUAUUCAAUUUGCAAUGGCUUGUAUUUAAAUGCUAUUCAGAUUUCUUUGUUUGUGGGAUUAACAAAAUAAAAUACAACAUUAUCAUAUUUGAAGAAAA